GCCCUCCCAUGUACCUUUUCUUGCAAGUCACGACGGGAAAACGUAGCACUGACGUGCCGCGCCCGCGCAUCCUGCAGAACUGCGUCUCUGACUCUUCCGCUUACUGCGAGUUACCAUCGAGGGCUUCCUGAAUCGCAGACAUACGCAAAACGAGAAAGCCGCUCCUCAAUUUUAAAUUGCCCAGGGAAAUUUGGUACGCAGGCGCAGUAACCAUUUAGGCCGGAUAUAGGGUUUUUUUUAAGAAAACAUCCUAGCGUGGGUAUUGUGCCGGGACUUCUGGGUUCUCUCGGGAGCUGCGUUUUCCCCUCCCUGAGGCUGUACGCUAAGCCAAGGCUUGCAGGAAUCGUCGCGAUGACCUCCGCGUUGGAAAACUAUAUCAAUCGUACUGUUGCAGUAAUUACUUCAGAUGGGCGAAUGAUUGUGGGUACUCUCAAAGGUUUUGAUCAGACCAUCAACUUGAUUUUGGAUGAAAGCCAUGAAAGAGUGUUCAGUUCUUCACAAGGAGUGGAACAAGUGGUCUUAGGAUUGUACAUUGUAAGAGGAGACAAUGUUGCUGUAAUUGGAGAAAUAGAUGAAGAGACAGACUCUGCUCUUGACUUGGGGAACAUUCGAGCAGAACCUUUGAACUCUGUUGUACAUUGAAGACAAUAAAGAGGAUCUACAUCAGGAAGACAUAGACCUCUGGUUGUACAGAACUAUUUAUAGGCUGGCUUGGCUACUUUUUACAAGUUGUAUGUAAUAAGCUGGAUAGUUUGUACUUUUAUAUUUUGACAGUUAUGGUUUGAUAUCGAAAGUAAAUUGUGCAUCUUACAAAAAACCAUACUUGAUGUUUUUAAGUAUCCACUGUACAUAAUAAAGUACACUUGCCUUUAA